CCAGACGUUGAUAAAGGUGCUACACGUUAUUUCUCUCCCUGGAACCUAAACCAUGUCUCAAUAUACCAUAUAUUCUUCUGCAGUGGGAGUAUAACAUGUCAUGUGGCAGAAGGAACAACGUGAGUUAGUGUGAGGCGCCAGCCUGGGUGUGGUACAAUGUGGACAGUGUGGCUGUUACUGCUGCUGGCUGGCAUAACACCUGCCCAAGAUGUGAUGAUGGUGGUAGCUGACCCCUGGGUGACCCCCGACCACCACCAGUUACACGCCUCCCUCUCCCCACACACCCACACCUGGAUACCAGGGUCUGACACAGGUGACAUGGCACAGUCGUGGUCGUUGGACAGUGAGACGCAAGUACCAACUAGAUUGGUGGAGCACGAGGCAAGUGGGCAAAAUAUCCCACAAAAUGGGGCAUACAGAAGUGACAGUUUGGGCGACAAAACGAAUAACGACACUUUUGGCACUGGCAUUAUAACAAGUUGGGACAAUGUUAGCGGCAUGUCUGAUGGCGCUGUCGAUGGGGAUGGUGCUACUGUCGCUGGGGAAAGUGCCACGGAAGGUGGGGAAAUACCACUAGUGACAGUACAAAGUGUAAACGCAGAUCUUGUGACAAACACUGUGCCUGAGGAUGGCGGGAAUAUUGUAGAGAGUGCUACGAGUGGCGAUGAAGUAGUAACUACAGUGCCAGAUGUAAUGACAGACGGCGUUACGCCUACCGUGUUAGAUAUGGUGCCUCUGGUUUCGGAUGGCGCCACGAUGUUUGUAACUAGUGCGGAUGACGAUGUCUUGGUGCUCACACCUCAGGGUAAUGAUGUGACUAGCGUAAAUAGUGAUACAGUGAUAACCACAGUGCAAGAUGGUGUCACAGCGCUAGAUGGUGUCACUCAUGGUGUUGAUGUACCACAAGAUGCAGUAACUGAUACAAGUCUGAUACAGGAAGAUAAUGUGAGGCAGAUAAUGGAAGAUGGCGUUGAUAGAAUCAGAGAGGUUGCUGCUGCAGUGUCUUCACUGGUAGAUAAUGCAGUGAAUCUAGUACACACUCUCACAGACAAUGGUGGUAAUGAAACUUCACUGUCAGAUGCUGUAGUUACAACAACAGAAGCCAGUGAGAGAAGUAAGAUGGAGGCGAUUACAGUAAAAAUAUCGCUAGCGGACAGUGUGGCCUCAACAUUAAAAGUGGAACAACAUGGCAGGUCCUGAGAUUGAGAACGAGAUAAGUUUUCCUAGCCUCAGCCUCCAGGAAGACCAAGAGGACGAGACAGUGAUGCUAGAGCCUACGCUGACCCUGAAAGACGACGUUGUGUCCUACAUCAUCCUAACUUCUAAGGUCUUGCUAGAGGACUUAAGCUCGCUGGCACCUACAUCAACACUACAGCGGCAGACCAUCUCAAGUAGUGUCACUCACACAGGUGAUCCUGAUGUUGACACGAGUCACAAUGGAAUAUCACUGGAGCUGACGACAUCGAUGAAGGAGGAAGUGACAGUAUCUGCUGACGACUCUGCGACGGAAAACGACGAAGCUGUUAACCUUGAAGACACAUACGACUCUGUGAUGGGUGAAGACUACGAGCUGAUCGUGGAGACGGUGGUGAACACAGCGACAGUGUACUACGACGACGAGUCGCUGCAACAUCAUUCAAAGUCGGCGAGUCACCGCUUCCCUCGUACAGUGUCUGCCGACCUGCGCGCCACGCCAGCGCACCUCAACGAGGUGGCGGUGACCGAACAGUACCGCAGCUUUCCCUCCCUUCUCCCCGCCGACGACUUCGCCACCUUCAUGGGUGGAGACUCGCGCCUCCCUACCGACCUCAGGAAGUCCAUGCGCAAGUCUGAGCCAGAGCCAGACAUCGACGACAUCAUCAAGGGCAUUGUGCAGUUGCUGGGUGGGAACGUCAAGAUGACGGUGGCUGAGGCCCCCAACACCCGCCUAACUACCUUCGCUGACAUUUCCAGCACUCGCAUCAACAAUCGUGGGCCUCCCAGGCUCACCCAACUUCCGUUCGGUGUGCUCUCCUCCCCUGUGCACACCCUUCUGCCAGUCAGACCUCCAGUCACCCCUCCAGUCAAUAUGGCCAACUUGCGACCACUGCCAGGCAAGCCACAGUUCGUAGCUAACACUCUCCCGCCCUUCCUCGCUGCCUUACCGCCCUCUCUCUCCUCGCGCCCACCUCCGCCCCUCCAGCGCCCAUAUGUCACCGGCAUCCCUCUUCCCGUGGACCUCCUCCCUGGCCCUGACGAAGUGUAUAACGCCUCUCCAGAGAUCACCGUCAACCCUGUUUUCCAGGACUAUGGCGGAGAGGAUUCCCUGCAGGAUGUACCCUCAGGAUACACUCAUCCCAUCACUGCCCCUCCAACCACCCCCAUCAUCACCCCUCCUGCCACCCCAAUCAUCGCUCCGCCUGCCACCACCGCUACCGCCCCGCCUGCCACCACCACUACCGCCCCGCCUGCCACCACCGCUACCGCCCCGCCUGCCACCACCGCUACCGUCCCGCCUACCACCACCGCUACCGCUCCGCCUGCCUCCUCCAACACCGCCUCGCCCUCUACCACAGACACCGCCACACCUACCCCCACCACCGCUGCGUCGUCGGAGACGCUGUUGGUAGAUCACCUGAUGUCUGACGCCACCGUCACUCACACCACCGGAACAACACUCGUGUCAGAGUUAUCCAACAGUGUCUCAACACAAGUAACACAUGCAUACACUAGUGUCUCAACAGAGGUAACAGAUGCAUACGCUAGUGUCCUAGCAGGUACAACAGAUGCUGCGACCAGUGCGUCAACGGGCUUUCCAGAUGUGUCCAGUACGUCAACAGGUGUAGAUGCGUCGGAGAGUACGUCAAGACUUGUGCCAGUAUCAUGGAACAAGACAGAGACACUUGAGAGCACUAAGGAGCUGCAUUCCUCCAUGCCGGAGUCAUCCUCCACCAUCAUAAGGUGGUCCUUGUCAACACCAGACGACCUCCACCAUACCUCCACCACCGCCCCCACUGACGCCCUCUGGUCAACCAGCCCUCGCCCCUCCAUACCCCCAGAUGCCGCCCCGCGCCCCGGGGUGGUGCUGGACGACCCCCAGUACCGCCCUGGGCAUGUCAUCACGGGCACGGUGGUACCCUACGAUGUGGGCGGCCCAGGAGACAUCUUCGAUGUUACUGUCUCCGCCCACCAGGGCUUCGGGCCGCCCGUAGCUCCUUUCCUCCGGCCAACCCUGGCCCAACCCUUCCCUAUACCAGGUGAGUCAUUCACUGCACUUUCACCAUCUAGAGGUAAAAAAGAUAAAAGGGAAGUAGAGAGGAAGAGAGAAGCAGUAAUCAUCUUGUAUUAUCAACAGCAGCAACAAACAGCCGGGUUGGGUGUAGGUGUGGUCAUUCCUGAAGGUGACCUAGCUGAAGAAGGUGGCGCUGCACAUGAUCUAGGAUACUAUCCACCAACUGCCCCCCUCCUGCCACGACCAUUACCUACGCCCACACAGCCUCCACCACGCCCACUGCCACCUACACAACCUCCACCACGCCCACAGCCACCUAUUCCCACACAGCCUCCACCACGUGCACAGCCACCUGCGCAGCCUCCUAGACCUAUCAGAAAGCCUUAUAAUCGUCGUCCUACUCAGCCUUCCAUCAGGAUCGACACUUGCAUUGUGGGAGAUGACUCGACAUGUCAGGAGCAGCUGGGGGAAGUAUGCAGGACAGAGGAUGAAGUGUCUAGCUGCUACUGCAGACCCGGCACUGCCAGGCGCAGGCCCAGGACACCUUGCAGGAGGAUGAUCUCGCUGCAAGUGUCGCUGAAGGUGGACCGGGUGGGUGACCAACGUAUCGUGUGGGGAGGCAACUAUGAGAACCCAGAGUCUGAGGAGUACCGGCUACUGCAGUGGGAGGCCAGACAUGCUAUCUCAAGCACCAUGUCAAAGACGCCUUUGGGAUCAGCAUACCUAGGCAACACCGUGCACAAGUUCUACUCCCUGGGUGGGAAAGUGAUCGUUAAUUCGACCAUCAACCUAGAAGACCUUCCCUCCACCAGAAGCCGUAGUGUCCGUCAAGCCCUCCAGCGCCAGAUGAUCCAAGUCAUCCAGAAUCAUGCCAAUAACAUAGGCGAGUCGGCUCUCUGGGUCGAUGGCCCUCUUAACCCCAUCCCUGAUGUCUCAGAUGUGAAUGAGUGUUUUGAUGAGUCACUUUACGACUGUCACCCUGAUGCCACCUGCAUCAAUGAGUUUGGCACUUUCACAUGCCGUUGUCUGCCUGGGUACACUGACAGGUUCGCUGAUGAUGCUGAGCAGGUUGGGCGGCGGUGCGAGUCAUGUUCCUCUGACUACUGCAACAAGAGGGGAGAGUGUGCCAUCAAGGAGGGUCACAAGCUGUGCCAAUGUCGAGGGUCUUACUAUGGCACCCGAUGUGAAAUCGAUGGGGAGGUGUUGGGUGUGGCUGUUGGUGCCUCCGUUGCUGCAGUAGUCAUCAUCAUUCUCACCCUUAUCUUCCUGUGCAUGUGGAGCCGACGAUGGAAGGCCGAAGAUAGAAAAACCGAGGUGCUGGCACGUGGUGGAGGAAUUGGUGGAUUCGCUGUCAACGUGCAACACAAGGGAGCUUCAGCGGGUCACCAGUAUGGAGCAACUCUUGAUGACCGCAUGCGCUGGGCACACCUAGCUGAUACACUCUCCAGCCAAAACAUUUAUGCGCAGCAGCAGCAGCAGCAGUAUGGUGGAGGUGCAUACACAGCGACAAGUAGCGACUACCUCACCUUGUCGGGUACUUCCACUACACCCUUCUCCAUCUACAACCGUGUCACUCGGGCGCUCUCCAGCUCCACCUUAGGCAGGCGGCAGAUGGGCUGGCUGGGACGUAUCCGGAGGGCGCUGGGUGGCUCCAGGAUGGCUAAAAGUCACAGGUCCACCCAUACGCUGCCUGAGCAACAAACACUCACACUACAGCAACUUAUGGCUCUUCAUGCACAGCUCUCCCCCCAACCAGAACAACUGAGAGGAGGACUGGGCAGUGUGUCUGCCUCACCCAGUGCCACUGCUGCUGCCCCAACCACUGUUUAUCAACACCAGAGACAAGCAGUUGGGUCAUCGUCAGGGUAUGCCUCGCUGGGCACACUGGGAUCGACAGCCUCUCCCCAGUACAGCCACCAGUACCAACCUUCCCAACAGUUUGGCUUGCAACACCUCUCCCCUGUCACCCACCUCACCAGCAUGCAACAACAACAGCAGCAGCAACAGCAGCAGUACCAUAAACAGUCAGCCUUUAGUUCACAAUCUACAUAUGGCCAGUUUGGACCAGCUUCCUUCAACACAUUAUCUCAGGGCGGAGUGUCUAGAGCGCCAACACUAGGAGCCCGCACUCCUUUGCCACUUCAUGAUGUGGGUGGUCCAGCCACAAUUGGGCCCAUGGGUGGGGGCAGUGUAGCUCCAUCUGGAUUGGCCAUGGGGCUGGAGAGCUCCGAGGAAGAGGUUGAGAAACCUUAUCAUCUGCCACGGCCUAAAUCUCGCGUCUCCCUUGGGGAUACGAGUGAUAUAUAUUACGAGCCAGAUGACCUAAUCACGACUCUGGGCCCCCCCGACCGACCUCCUCCCCCACUCCCCAAAUCCAGUCAUCCCCAGACAUACAACUUUGCCUUCUUGCACUAACCUGUCUCUAAAACCAAGAUUAUGAUGUUUAGUAUAUAUAUAGCAUAAUUUCCCUGGGUGCUACAGUCAAUUAUGCUAACAGUAUGCUGAUUUUGCAAACUUGUUUUAAUAAAGAAGGGAAAUUUGUUUGCAUAAAGAGAAAAUAAGUUUUAUUAUUUUUAAUAAGCAUCUAUAUUAUUAUAAUCAAAGAGAGGCCCUAAAACACACAAGUAUCUACAAUUCUUGCAUGUUUCUUUUGCACCAAGAUUUAAGCCCAGAAAUGCACAACUAAAUACAGUACCAUAGUACAAAUUCAUUUUAAAAAUUACUUAUUUGGAAAUUCAACAUAUUACCACAAGUGUAUUUUAUCAGUCACCCUCCUGAUCCACUACACAAAGGCCAGAGAACAGCCACAUUGACUGGUAGAUUAAACAUUUAUCGGGUUGCUGAAUGUUUUAUGGUGCAUCAGUUAUUUGGCAACUGUGUUGACUGUGGCACCUUGGAAGUAAGUGUUCUAUAGGAAGACCAUUAUCACCCACAGACUUGACUAUUCUUCAUAUUUCAAACAUUGUCAAACAAUCUUCUAUGCCUGUCUAUAUUAUGAAUAACAUACCAUAUCCAUAUUAUUUCACAAAGAACACUGGUGUAUAAUUGGCAGUAUGGACAUGUUGAUGCAACAUUGUUUCAAAGUAUCUGAGUGUAUAUAACUAACACAGAAUUUAUAUUAAAAAGAUUUUGUCCAGGGAUGCACCCAUGCUGUACAAUAAAUUAAAAUUUUUUAAUUAUGUUGGUAGAAUUACCAACUUGUUAGGGAAGAGAACAUUUGCAAUUUAUGAGACAUUUUAUUGUGGUAACAUUUUGCUCUCCAUAAGUACAUCAGCUUGACAAAACUGGAGACUGAAAUAGCCACAAUAAAAAUGUCCCAAUAGUUGCAUAUGUACUGUUUUACCUAACAGUUAUAAACCUAUUUAUUGCUGUUUGUUAACAUUUACAGACUUAUGUUGCUACUAACUCCCUCUUGCUCAUCCACAUGAAUCAAAGUUCUGAAUUUAAUAUACAGUAUUUCAGGAAUCUUCUUCAUUAAAACUAACAGCCUCAGUUUUAUGAGAAUGGUACCAAGUGAUUAAACACUUCCUCUGCUAAAAUGAAUGUACUGUAUAUUACAUUUGUG